UUGGCGGCGGCGAAGCCGUCGGGCCAGCGCAGGCUGCCGAGCAGGGCGAAGAGCAGCAGCCGCAGGCAGCCCCCGCGGGUCAUUUCAGCACCAGCGCGCCCGGCCAGGCCACCCCGCGUCCAGCAGCGGCCGCUCCAGGGCUGGGGUCUCUCGGGGGAGCCGGGGCGGGGCCGGCGAGCCCCCCUGGGCGAAGGGGGCGGUGGCUGUCCCUACGAGGGCCGCGGAGGGAGGCCGGGCCGGGCGGGGAGCCAGCCAGGGGUUGGGCACCCCCCCGGCGCCGGGGGCAUACGGGCCAAGCGGCAGGAGCUGCGCGAAGGGGCGGGAGCACAGGCUAGCGGGUAUCUCUGGCGUCUUUCCCGCAGCAGCGACUCUGCCUCCGCCUGGAGUCCCUCCGCAGCAGCCCUGCCAGCGGGCCCGGGAGAGCCGCCCGCCAGCCCCCUCCGCGGCAUGCCCAGCGCAGGGCUUCUUCUAAGCGCUCCUACCUGGUGGCUAGUGACAGUUUUUUCAGUGCAACAAAUUUAUGGGGGCAAAUAUUCAUAUAUUGGUCCAUGUGGAGGACAAGAUUGUUCGGUUUGCCAGUGCUUUCCUGAAAAGGGAUCAAGAGGUCAGCCUGGUCACCUAGGGGCUCAAGGUCCAAUUGGAUCUUUGGGAUGUACAGGGCCAGAUGGUUUGCAAGGAGAAAAAGGACAGAGAGGUGAGAAUGGGCUGCCUGGGCCCGCUGGAGAAAAGGGUGAUAAGGGCCCAACAGGAGUCCCAGGAUUUCCUGGUUUAGAUGGUGUGCCUGGAUAUCCUGGAAUUGAAGGGUCCAGGGGCAAACCUGGCUUGGAUGGCUGCAAUGGUUCAAGAGGAGAUCCCGGAUUUCCAGGAGAGACAGGGUGUAUUGGACCAAGAGGCUCAUUUGGUGUUCUUGGGCAAAAAGGAGAAAAAGGAAACUCUGCAUAUAUUUCAGAUUUCAUUAGAGGUGCUCCAGGAGCAAGAGGUGAACCGGGCCCCCCUGGCACACCUGGACCUAGAGGAGCUAGGGGACCAAUGGGCCGACAUGGAUUGCCAGGCCAACCAGGCUUGCAGGGAGCUACAGGCCUUCCUGGUUUGCAAGGUGAACAGGGCAAUCCAGGUAUUGGAGUGGAUGGACAAAAGGGGGAGCCGGGUGAUGUUGGACCUCCUGGAUCUCCAGGACAGCCAUUGUUGGUUUGGCCGCCCGGUUCUUUCCUGGUUAAAGGAGAAAAGGGUGUAAAAGGAAUGCCUGGGUUGGUAGGACCCAAAGGAUCACAUGGGCCCAAAGGUGCACCUGGAAAUGGAGAGAAGAGUGAAAAAGGUAUUCCUGGAGUCCCUGGAAUGCAGGGUAGCCCUGGUUCUUGUGGAGCUCUCGGUUUUCCAGGAAUAAAGGGGGAAAGUGGAGUUCCUGGUGUUCCUGGUCAGGCUGGUUAUGCAGGUAUAAAGGGGGAUCGUGGAGAACGAGGGCAACCAGGCCUGCCUGGAAUUUUUGGAACACCACCUGUUGCUAUGAAAGGUCCUCGAGGGGAUCCUGGAUCACCAGGUCCUUCUGGAGAGGAGGGGUUGAUUGGACUAACUGGUCCUCCAGGCCCAUCAGGAAGACCUGGUGAAGAUGGAGCAAGCCUCCCUGGUCUGCCAGGAGCAUGUGGGGAACAAGGUCCUAAAGGUUCUCAAGGGAACCCUGGUCUCCCUGGAACAGCUGAAUCAACUCCAGGAAGACUAGGGUCUCCAGGAGCACCAGGAUUACCAGGAGCACCAGGAAGACAGGGUUUGCCUGGACCACCUGGUAUAGUUUGUCAUGGCAGAGGACUUCGUGGACAGCAAGGAAUAAAAGGCCAAAUGGGACCCCUGGGAAGAAGAGGUGAAAAAGGAGAAAAAGGGAAUCACGGCCACUGUUCAUGUGACCUUGGUCCUGCUGGCUCACCUGGUAGACGAGGGCCACCUGGUCAUCAAGGAAGGAAAGGACAGAUGGGAUUUCCUGGAAGCUAUGGAGAAAAGGGUGAUCCAGGUUCCUCUGGCACAAUAGGACCAACAGGACUCCCAGGCAAACCUGGUUCUUCUGGAAUAACUGGUGAAAAAGGAGAAAAGGGUGACCUGGCCAGAGUGAAAAUCAAAGGAAUAAAAGGAAAAAGAGGACCUCUGGGGGCUCCAGGGCUUCCAGGCCAAAAAGGUACUGCUGGCAGAGAUGGAGAUCCAGGAUUGCCUGGAGAGAGAGGAAUUCAAUUAAACACCUUUAUUGUUUUAUCAAACAUCUUGUGUGACAUCCACUGUUAUGUUCCACCAUAUCCUGGAAGUCCAGGCCCUCCAGGUUUUCAAGGGGCUCAAGGACCAAAGGGAUUAAGAGGACCCCCUGGUCCUCCUGGACCAAAUGGCUUUGAUGGGCAAAAGGGCCAACGAGGCAAACCAGGGACAUCAGGUGAUAUAGGGCCAAACGGCUUUCGAGGCAAUGCUGGUGAUCCAGGUGAUGAAGGUGAAAGAGGUUCUUCUCCUGACGGUGCCCCAGGUUUUCCUGGCACUCCUGGACUUGCAGGCCAGAAAGGUGUUCCAGGUGAUACCAGUUACGGUCUUCCAGGAAUUCCAGGCCACAGAGGAUUGCCAGGAUUAUCUGGUUCACAAGGAAUACGAGGUGAAUCAGGUGCUCCUGGGCCACAAGGACAGUCUGGCAGACCAGGAUUUCCAGGUGCUAAAGGUCUGAGAGGCAGAAAAGGUGAAAUAGGCGCUCCAGGCUCACCCGGUCAGCCAUGUGAUAAAGGCUUACAAGGGCCACCAGGACAGCCAGGAGUUCUUGGACAGCGAGGCCCUCCAGGCUUACCAGGUUUUAAAGGUCAGAAAGGAGACAUGGGCCCACCAGGGCCAGCUGGAAUGAAAGGCCUACCAGGAACUCCUGGUGUACCAGGGUCCCCUGGUCCUCCAGGCCCUCGAGGAUAUCCAGGGCUUCCUGGGAACGAUGGAUUACCUGGACUCCCGGGCCAACGAGGUAGCAAAGGCAUCCAAGGCAUCCAAGGUUUCCCAGGAAUCCCAGGAAAAGAAGGACAGACAGGAAUCCCGGGUGGAAAUGGUGAACAAGGAGAAAUGGGUUCAAGGGGGCCUUCUGGAGAAUGUGGGGAUGGAGGGCAAAAAGGUGAAAGAGGUGCUCAAGGAGACAGUGGCUUCAUUACCUUAUGGCUGGAAAAAGGACAAAAGGGAGAACAAGGGCUUCCUGGUGAGGCUGGGUUUCCAGGGGAAACAGGUGAAAAAGGCAGUCCUGGAAUCAGAGGGAUCUCAGGAUUUCCAGGCAAAAAUGGACUCCCAGGAAUUCAGAAGGGUGAACCUGGUGAUAGUGGACAGAUUGGGUUUCCAGGGCUGCCAGGCUCCCCAGGAUCGGCAGGUUUAGGAGGAAUUAGUGGUUUUCAAGGGCAACCGGGUGACCAGGGUGAACGAGGUUUACCGGGAAUUCCUGGAUGUCCAGGACAUGAUGGUACAAAAGGACUUAAAGGUAACAGAGGUGACUCGGGCAGUCAACAUGGUCCGCCUGGUCAAAGAGGGCCUCCAGGAGAUCAUGGAUCACCAGGACCCUGUGGAUUCCCAGGAGAGCAGGGUUUACCAGGUUUCCAAGGGCAACCUGGAAGACAAGGACCCAAGGGGAUGCCUGGAUCCCCAGGAGCAAAUGGCUUUCCAGGUGCCAUAUGUGAUUCAGGAUUGCCAGGAGUUCCAGGUGAACAAGGUAAUACCGGGCCUUUAGGAGCUGCAGGAUUGCCAGGAUUACCUGGUCCCCCAGGCAGGAAAGGUUUAUCAGGGUUGCCUGGAUUAGAUGGCUUGAAUGGACUGCAAGGUCAAAAGGGCUCACCAGGAGUUCCAGGUCAAAGUGAAAUAGGGCCUCCAGGAUCCACAGGAGCACCUGGACCAAAAGGAGACAAGGGUGAGCCUGGACAGCCAGGAGUUUCUCUUCCAGGACCUCCUGGAGACAUGGGUUUGCCAGGACACCCAGGUAGAACAGGAGGUCCCGGGCCUGCGGGACCUGUGGGAAGAUCUCCUGAAACUGCAGCUUCUGGUCCUCCAGGUGAUCAGGGGCCACCUGGUUCACAUGGCAUCAGAGGCCUGCCUGGCCAUCCUGGCCCUCCCGGAAAGACUAUCUUUGUGAAAGGCGAUCCGGGGGAAUUUGGUGUUCCAGGUGCACCCGGUAUUCCUGGCCAGCCAGGGCAGCAAGGAGCCAAAGGCUUUCCAGGAAAUCGAGGAAGAGAAGGCCUGAAAGGUCCGAUGGGAAACCUUGGCUCCCAGGGUCCCCCUGGCCCUUUUGGGCCAUCUGGGGAUCGAGGUUUUCAAGGACAACCUGGCCCUCGAGGUCCUGAAGGUUGCAGAGGUGACCCUGGUGAACCAGGAAAAAUAGAACACUCCCCAUGUCCCAAGACACCGGGUCCUCGUGGAGUAAUAGGACAAAGAGGAGCUGAAGGGUCUAUAGGAUUUCCAGGGCCAAUAGGUUACCCUGGACCUCCAGGAAGUAAAGGUGAAGAAGGGUUGUUUGGCUUGCCAGGUCAAGAUGGUUCACCUGGUCCACCAGGACCCUCAGGUAACCAAGGUGUCAUAGGAGAACGAGGAUACACUGGUCCAGAAGGUCCACCUGGCCAACCUGGGAUCCCAGGACCAUCAGCGCCUGAAACUAGAGCUGCUAGUGGGUUCCUGCUCAUUCUUCACAGUCAGUCAGAUAAAGAACCGUUUUGUCCUGAGGGAAUGCCAAGAUUGUGGACAGGAUAUAGUCUGCUGUAUCUGGAAGGACAGGAGAAAGCUCAUAAUCAAGAUCUUGGUCUGGCUGGAUCCUGUCUUCCUGUAUUCAACACCAUGCCAUUUGUCUACUGCAACAUCAACCAAGUUUGUUACUAUGCCAGUCGAAAUGAUAAGUCCUACUGGCUGUCAACUGCUGCUCCUUUACCAAUGAUGCCGCUCUCUGAAGAUGAAAUACAACCCUACAUUAGCAGAUGUGCUGUAUGUGAGGCCUCAGCCCAAGCUGUAGCAGUUCAUAGCCAAGAUCAGUCCAUUCCCCCAUGCCCAUUGAACUGGAGAAGUCUUUGGAUAGGCUAUUCUUUUUUAAUGCACACUGGGUCUGGAGAUCAGGGAGGUGGACAGUCCCUUAUGUCACCUGGAAGUUGCCUUGAAGACUUUAGAUCAGCACCAUUCAUCGAAUGCCAGGGUCAGCGGGGAACAUGCCAUUUUUUUGCUAAUGAAUAUAGCUUCUGGUUAACAAUCGUCAGGCCAGAAUUGCAGUUUGUGUCUGCUCCUCUGUCAGAAACCCUUAAAGAAGGGCAGGAACAGCGCAAAAAAAUCAGCAGAUGUCAGGUCUGCAUGAAGCAUGGCUAAAAGAGAAAACAAACUGAGGAGUUACACUGAGGGACUUGCCGGGGGAAGAAGCAAAUUGUGCUAAAGAUUUAAAUGGUGCUUACUGUCCAAUUUCAAUUGAAGUGUGCACAGCUCUAUUCCAUCUGUUUAAAAGUUUGCUGCCUGUAUAGUACUGAAAGAUAAAAAUGGUGUAUUUUAUUUAUAUAUAUAUAUAUAUAUAUAUAUACACACACAUACACAAGCAUAUGAAUAGUGAAACCUAGUGUAAGUGACCAGCCAAAGGACCAGCAAAACUAAGUUCUAUUACAUUGUGUUCACCAGCCUAGUAUGCAGGCGACAAGUACAGUUUGGUCUUACACUGAAGGUAUAAUCAAAUUGAUCUGGAAACCUUAGGAAACUUUAAAAUGAGUGCUCACAAUAGCAGAUUUCCUGUUGAUUCUAUGUGUAUCCCUCUAUGAGAUGUAUAAACGUAGUUCUGUCCACACAAUUUCUUACAUAUUUGGUUGAAUUUACACUCAUACAUUCUUAAAUUGUGGGAGGAGAAUGUGAUUUUGUUGCAAACUUCUGCUAGCACAUAGUAAAAACAAACAUGAGAUCAAUGACCAUUUUACUAGUUACAGAACUAACCCAGAUUGCAAAAUUAAUUUGCUAAUGAAAUUUCAUAAGCAAUGAAAAGCAAAAUCUUGUCAAAAUAUGCUAAUGGUUGAUUGUUAUGCAAGAAAAUAAACAAACCAGAUAAUGAAGGAGUAAAAUGCUGUUUAUAUUUUCUUUGCAAUUAAUUUCUCAGCACAUUUAAAUGAAGAUGUAAAGCCGUAAUCCAUAUAGCUGAAGACAACAAAC